AGUAGUGGACGAAGUGUUUGCUGUCAGAGCAGGACAGGCUGAGGCUCCCGGGGCAGGUAGAGAGCGGAGUUGGGUGUGUCGUGGCCCCAAUAGUGCUGAUUAAUGCUCGUUCACACCUCGUAGCGUCAUGUCAGGACCCCACCAAUAUACAGAAUGAAAGGCCAUGUGGACGACACACAAGUAAAUAUGAAGCCGCUGUACAGGUGCAUUGAAUGCAAUGAGGAAUCCACAGAACUUUAUAGAGAUUACAAACACGGGGUGCUGAAGAUCACUAUCUGUAAAACCUGCCAGAAACCUGUGGACAAGUACAUUGAAUAUGAUCCUGUCAUCAUCCUGAUCAAUGCUAUGCUAUGCAAAGUCCAGGCCUAUAGGCACAUCCUGUUCAAUACAGCAAUAAAUAUUCAUGGCAAGCUGUGCAUAUUCUGUCUACUCUGCGAAGCUUACACCAGGUGGCGACAGCUGCCAGGAUCCAGCAACCACACGGACCCAGAAGACAUUAUCAGAUACGCCAAGGAAUGGGAUUUCUAUAAGCAGUUUGGGAUAGCUGCUCUGGAACAGGCAGCGUUCCUCAUAGGAAUCUUCAUUGUUUUGUUCCUGGUGAAGCGGAAGACUUUUAAGUCCUAUUCAGAGUUUGCUUUUCUCCUGAAAGCUCUUUUGCUGUCCAGUUAUGGGAAACUGCUGCUGAUUCCUGCCGUUAUUUGGGAACACGAUUACACCCCGCUGGGUCUGCGGCUUAUCACGCUUUUUGUUCUUACAUCAAAUACUCAAGCAAUCCGAGUGACUUUGAAUGUGAGUCGAGCCGUAUCACUGAUCGCUAUUGCUUGUGGACUGCUCUUGGAAAAUGCGCUGUCCUCUGUUCAAUGGGCUGUAUAGUAAACGUGCAUAUAGCGUGCAACAACUAAAUAGGAAUUUGAUUGACCUUCUGAGCAGGUUGUGUUUGGGGGGGAAAGCAAUACGAACUUUUUCAAAUACUAAAUAUUUAUUUUGUUAUUGUCUAAACCUUACCAAACUGAUACAAUGUUUCUAUGUUUUUACAGAUGUUAAUAAAUGAUACAUUUAUGUACUGUUUUUUUUUUCUUGUUAAAGUGCCAGUUUGCAAUUCAGAGCUGCACAUUUAACCACAGGCA